CAGAGGGGGACGAGAGAGGAGGGGGGAGGGAAGAGGCCGCAGAAGCCCGAGCCUUGACCGACGGGCAGGCGGGGGCUGCGGCGGCGCCGGUGAGUGACCCGCGGCCCGACUCGGUCCCCACCCUCCACGACCCUCACUCUUCAUGGAGUCCCCCAUCGCCUCCGUUGUCCCCUCUUACUCCCGGACCCCUUUACCCCCAGAGAUCCUCUUAAUUCCUGGCAAUCCCCAGAGCCCCCACAAUCCCCGCAGACCCUAAUCCCUAGUAUUUGAUAGUCCCAGCUUCUCCACUGUCCCAGGAGCCCCCAACUCCCCAUUCUACCUGGACAUCCCUUCUGAGGACCCCAUCUCGUACCGUUCUUACAGACGUCCUAUUGCCCCGGAGCCCCCAGAGCGCUCCUCUGCUCCAGAUCCCCCCUUCUUGCUGCGUCUCUCCUUCAGCAUCUCCUUACCCCCAUGCUUCUUCGACCCCGAGACACCCCCAUUCUCCCUCCAUUUCGCUUUCUCCCAUGCCCCCAUUCUCCUCUAACUCCUGCAGACACCCCCUCUUCUUUCGCCUUUCCUCAUUUCUCUCCACCCCUCCAGACCCUCCCCCAAUUUCCAUCAACUCCUCGGCGUGGCACUUUGCGCCGCGCGAGGCACAAGAGGAGCGCUCGGCGGGUGUCAGCUAUUAUUAGGCGCUCUGAAUGUCCCCCGUGGCCCGUCGCCCCCGGCCACUCUCCGCCCCAACCCCUGGCCCCGGGGGCAGUGGAGGCGGUGUCUGGGCGGCCGGGGUGGGGCUGGCGGCGCGCGGACGCCGAGCCCCCGCCAGCGCCGUGCGCCCUGUGCCCGCAGCGCCGGCGCCCCCCCAUGCGCCAGGCGGCCGGACGGCGGCGUCGGGGGGCGCCAUGGCCUCGGCGGCGGCGGGCGAAGCGGAAGAGACCACCCGGCUGCGCAAGCCGCGCUUUUCGUUUGAGGAGAACCAGAUCCUGAUCCGUGAGGUGCGCGCCCACUACCCACAGCUCUACGGCGCGCAGAGCCGUCGGGUGAGCGUGGCCGAGCGGCGGCGUGUGUGGGACGGCAUCGCCGCCAAGAUCAACGGCAUCACCAGCUGGAAGCGCACUGGCCAAGAGGUGCAGAAGCGCUGGAAUGACUUCAAGCGCCGCACCAAGGAGAAGCUGGCCCGCGUGCCGCACUCCACGCAGGGCGCCGGGCCUGCCGCCGAGGACGCCUUCUCCGCGGAGGAGGAGACCAUUUUUGCCAUCCUGGGGCCGGGAGUGGCGGCACCGGGAGCUGGUGCGGGAGCCGAGCAGCCCUCGGUGGCCGCUUCCUCACAGCCGUCAGCCGCAAGUGCGGGCACCCAACGCUACGUCUUGUCCGAGGACCGCAGGGAAGACCGACGGGCAGAUACACCAGCCCACAGCAAGGGGGGCUCCAGCAGCCCCGAGCAGUGGGCCCGGCCCUCCUGCAGCCCCCAGGAAGGGGGCUGCCCGCCACCCAAGGAGCGUGAGUCCCCGCCCCCUCCGGCCCUGCAGACCGUGCAGCUGCCGCGCCUGGCCUUGUCUCCUCCGCCCCCGGCCCCUCCACCGCCACCACCCCAGCCGCCUCAGCAGGUCCACGUGGCACCCUCGUCCCCCAGCCCACCACCUCCUCCACUGCCACCACCCACGCCCUCGGCCCCGGACCCCUCCCUGGACUUACUGCGGGCCCAGCAGGAGACGGCCAACGCCAUCCGGGAGCUGGCUGGCACCCUUCAGCAGGGACUGGCCAAACUGAGCGAGGCCCUCAGCGCCCUACUGCCCCUUCUGCCCGGAACCGCCGUCGACAGGCUGCCCCCGCCUCUGCCCCCACCCCCGCCCCCGCCCCCACCCCCCAGGCCCCUCUUGCCCCCGCCUACCCCGAAAGCGGAGAUCACCCCAGAGCCCGUGUCCGUGGUGGCUGCUGUGGUGGACGGAGCGGUGGUAGCAGCCAGGGGGGUGAUCAUCGCCCCUAGGAGCGAGGAGGCGGGGGCCCCCCGGCCUCCCCCGGCUCCCCUUCCUCCCCACGACUCACCCCCACACAAGAGGAGGAAAGGUUUCCCUACACGGAAGAGGCGGGGGCGUUGGAAAUCUCCCUGAAAUCUGCUGUUGGGUUCGAGCUCCUUCUGCCUGUACCUCCUCCCCACCCCCACCCCCAGCUUAGCCCAGUGGAGGAGGGCGACGCACCUUCCCCAUCUCGGCUGCACCCUGGCUCCCUGCUGCGGGGGGGGGGGGGGGGGCGCGAGCACCCCACUCCCUAUACUAGUUAGUGCCUGAUUCUCAGGGGGGCUUGUUGAUGGGUCCCCCACCCCCUUCUCCAGUACAGCGCUGUCUGCCUGGCUGCUUCCCUGAACCCUAACUUCUAAGCCAUCAAUUUUACGUUAUUUAUUAUUGCCCUUUGUGGGUUGCGGAGAGAACCUCUCGGGUCUGCACAUGCGCCCCCCUUCCCUGACAGCUCCUGGUCUUGACUUGAAGAGAAUUGACCCGUAGGGGCCUCCUCACCUCCCCAAUCCAGACUUUGGAGGGGAUGGGAGUCGCAAAGACAAAUCAGAAUAUGGAUGACAAAGGAUAUAGCAGUCUGUACCCUAGGGAGAGGGGGGGCAGAGUUCUCACUGGGGAGAUACAGGUUGGGCCCUCUGCCUCCCAUUGCCGUCUCUGACUUCCAGAGCUCAACCCCCUCAUUUCUCCCCAGUGGUGACAAGAUAUGAAUAAACUUAUUUUUAAUACAA